AUGGUCGUUUGUCAAUAUUUCCUGCGUGGCCAGUGCAAAUUCGGCGAUCAAUGCAGGAACGAACAUCCGAAAGAGGGACAGAGGCAGAGUGGCUUCGGGAACCAGUCUUGGUCUCAGACUUCAUCUGCACCGUCAGGCCUCAUCAACGUUGAUAUCCUCACCAGGGAUCUCACAGCUGAUAAACCUGACUGGCCAUUGUCUUCGUUUGGGCCCGCCAAGCACCAAGUGAAUUUACUUUCUGCCCUCGACGAGUCUCCCGAGGAGCUGCACUUAAAGUGGUUGCAGGCGUCGGCGGCUAAUAACGGACAAGAAUAUUUGAACUAUGAGGCGCAGAAGAUCACAGCAGCCGAGCAAUUGUACACUAACGCGCGAAAUAACGUCCAUGAAGCACAUCGGCAGGCUUUGCGCAACGAAGCAGAGUCGCAGAAACCCAGCAGCUCGCCAUUCGGCGUGACUAGCUCAACGAAUUCAGCGUUUGGGGCACCCGCGACCACGUCCUUGUUCGGGAAACCUUCAGGGUUCGGUGCAUUUGCAGGGACGGGCGCAUCGGCAUUCGGCACGCCUGCGCAGCCUAGCUCCGCGUUUGGUCAGCCCGCGCAGGGACCCGUCAAGUCUGCGUUCAGUCAACCUGCGCAAGGUCCAGCGUUCGGACAGUCUUCGUUUGGCCAGCCUACGAAGAGUCCAUCCACAUCAGCUUUUGGACAACCGGCGCAGGGUCCGGUGACAUCCGCAUUUGGUCAACCCGCACAGGGCCCAGCGACAUCUGUGUUCGGUCAACCUGCGCAAGGGCCAGUGGCGUCUGUGUUUGGCCAGCCCACAGCCUUUAGACAGUCAGCACAAGGGACAUCAACAUUUGGCCAACCCGCGAAGGGGCCGGUAACGUCUGCUUUUGGGCAGGGGUCGAUGACGUCUGCGUUCGGACAGCCAGCACAAGGUUCGACGACUUCAGCUUUCGGCCAGCCUGCCUUUGGGCAAUCUUCCUUUGGGCAGUCGUCGAUCAUUAAGCCAGCAUCUGGAGCGUUUGGCUCUAACGCAACAGGCGGUGGCUUUUCCGCGUUUGCUAAUUCACCAUCAUCACUGAGUGGCGCGGCCAGUGCAUCGGGGAGUGGAGGGGGAGGGGCGUUCUCCGCAUUCGCCGGCCAGCCAUCCGCAUUCGGGCUCGCUGCGGGCAAUUCUACAGGCGGUUCUGCAUUUGGCGGCACCGGCGCCACACCUACAUCCGCCAACACGACAUCUACGUUUGGUACACCUGCGUUCGGCGCAUCGUCUGCUUUCGGGGUGCUCGCGCAGAACAUGCCAACGUCCACGUUCGGCUCUUCCUCGAACGCGCCGGCUCCGACUUCAGCAUUCGGUAACCCGGUGCCAGCAGCGACGUCCGCGUUCGGCAAUGUUUCGCAGCAGCCCGUGCAAUCUGCGUUCGGCACAUCACAGAACCAGCCCGUGCAAUCUCCAUUCGGUGCACAUCAGAACCAGCCUGUACAAUCCGCGUUCGGCGCACCGCAGAACCAGACGCAGCCUGUACAAUCUGCCUUUAGUGCCUCACAGAACCCGCCACAAGCAGCGCAAUCUGCGUUCGGGACGCAGCAGAACCAAGCGCAACCGGUACAGUCGGCAUUCGGCAUGUCACAAAGCCAGACGCUGCCGGUAUCCGCGUUCGCGUCCUCCGGUGCGCCCGUCGUCUCCGCGUUCAAUACCGCACCUGCACCGCCCGCCCUGCCACCUGCCGCUGCGCCGCGCACGCAGCCAGGAAAGCCGGACUUCGCUGCGGCACGGCUGCGCGUGCGCUGGAUGCCCGGGACGAGCAAGUACGACGAUAUGUUGCCCGCCGACUACAUCAAGCUGGUGCCCGCCAGUGCGCUGGAGGCGUUUAAGAGUGAACACUUCGAGUUUGGGAAGAUACCGGAGUGGAUCCCGCCGAAGGAGAUGCGAUAG